AUGGUGUUAGAAGACAGGUGUAACAAUUUCGAGGAUGCGCAGUCGUCAUUUUCUUUGACCAAUCAGAACUUUAUCCAAGAUGCCAAAAGCAAUAUGGCUCCUCCCAUAAUAUUUUAUUUUUGCGGAGAAGCUAUGCCAACGUGCUGUAUAAAAAAUUGUAAGAAUCGUACGAAUCAUAAUGGGACGAAAGGAAUUAAGUAUUUUACUUUUCCUAAAGAAACAUCUAUUCGUCAGCAAUGGCUUAAUGCCUGCCAAAGAAAAGAAACGGAUAUGAAUGUUGAUUCGGCAAGGAUAUGCGCAAUCCAUUUUGAUGAAAAUUGUUUGGUGCUUGAGAAGACAAAACCACGAUUACAAAAUAAACCAGCUAAAGAAGUAUUAAGGUUGAAACAGGGAUCUGUUCCAACAUUAAAUCUAGAAAAAAAGCGAAAAGAUAUGUCGCAGAGCAAAGAAGACAACAAAAAAAUUAAAGUACCAGUUAAGUCAUUUGUUCCAACAUACACAGAACUUGUGCAAUACGCACAACAGAAACAGCGUUUAUCGCAGGAAGAAAUUGUAAUAAAUGUAGAAACAAACAAAACACAAGAUAUGGAAGAAGUUGCAAAAAAUAUAAAUAAAGCAGCUAUACAAAGUAUGGAAGAGCAAAAUAAAACGGUGCAACAAGAGAU